AUGCGACUGUUGUUCUGGAGUAUCCUCUGUGCUACCUUCAUUACCGCGGGCAAACUCGUGACCGCAGGCAGACCCACUAGAUCCUUGACGUUCCGGAAGGGCAGCUCCUUUUUCUACAGAGUGAAUUACAAGCUCAAUACGUUCGCGUACACGACAACGAUCUUUGCGCAUGCAGCCGGCUUCAAGUUGGUAUGGCAACUUCCUAGCGAUACGGUCAGGAUCAAGAGGUCCAUCUCGGAUGUACACGAGGCCGCGGAGCUCGUGUACGAAAGCCACGGUUUCGAUGGCCGAUCCUGCUUGCUGAAGAACAUUUGCCAAUCGAUGGAGUACGUGAGGCACAGAGAUGGAGUAAUAGCGAAAAUAUUAAAAUUACUUGUAGGGUCGUAUGGGAAUAAUGGCAGUUUGUCGGAGGAUGGCGUUUACUGCGACGUUCACGUCAGAAAUUGUCCCCUCGAGUUAGUAGGAAUCGAUAGCUUUAUAGAGUAAUAAAGCCGAGAACGCGUUACAAUCUGGUCGACGCUGAUUGAUAUCCCACGUUUAAAUACGUAAUGGAGAGCGUAGUCUUAAUUUUAAAUUAAGUCGGAGGGAGAGAGGAUUCGAGAGCUUAUCUUCUCCCCUAUACUU